ACGGCCGAGGGCCCGGGAGGCGGCGGCUCGGCCCGGAUCGCCGUGAAGAAGGCGCAGCUGCGCUCCGCGCCGCGGGCCAAGAAACUGGAGAAACUCGGAGUGUACUCCGCCUGCAAGGCUGAGGAGUCCUGUAAAUGUAAUGGCUGGAAAAACCCCAACCCUUCUCCCACGCCCCCCAGAGCCGAUCUGCAGCAGAUCAUUGUCAGCCUGACUGAGUCCUGUCGGAGUUGUAGCCAUGCCCUCGCUGCUCAUGUUUCCCACCUGGAGAAUGUGUCAGAGGAAGAGAUGAACAGGCUCCUGGGAAUAGUGUUGGAUGUGGAAUAUCUCUUUACCUGUGUCCACAAGGAAGAAGAUGCAGAUACCAAACAAGUUUAUUUCUAUCUAUUUAAGCUCUUGAGAAAAUCUAUUUUACAAAGAGGAAAACCUGUGGUUGAAGGCUCUUUGGAGAAGAAGCCUCCAUUUGAAAAGCCUAGUAUUGAACAGGGUGUGAAUAACUUUGUACAGUACAAAUUUAGUCACCUGCCAUCAAAAGAAAGGCAAACAAUAGUUGAGUUGGCAAAAAUGUUCCUAAACCGUAUCAACUAUUGGCAUCUAGAGGCACCAUCUCAACGAAGACUGCGAUCUCCCAAUGAGGAUAUUUCUGGAUACAAAGAGAACUACACAAGGUGGCUGUGUUACUGCAAUGUGCCCCAGUUCUGUGACAGUCUACCUCGGUAUGAAACCACCCAGGUGUUUGGGAGAACGUUGCUUCGCUCGGUCUUCACUGUAAUGAGGCGACAACUCCUGGAACAAGCAAGACAGGAAAAAGACAAACUGCCUCUUGAGAAACGAACUCUAAUCCUCACCCAUUUCCCAAAGUUUCUGUCCAUGUUAGAAGAAGAAGUUUAUAGUCAAAACUCCCCCAUCUGGGAUCAGGAUUUUCUCUCAGUCUCUUCCAGAACCAGCCAACUAGGAAUCCAAACAGUUAUCAGUCCGCCUCCUGUGGCUGGGGCAGUUUCAUACAAUUCAAAUUCAUCUUCCCUUGAGCAGCCGAAUGGAGGCAGCACCAGUCCUGCCUGCAAAGCCUCUUGUGGGCUUGAGGCAAACCCAGGAGAAAAGAGGAAAAUGAAUGAUUCUCAUGUUCUGGAGGAGGCCAAGAGACCCCGAGUUAUGGGGGAUAUUCCUAUGGAAUUGAUCAGUGAGGUCAUGUCAACUAUCACAGACCCUGCCUCGAUGCUUGGACCAGAGACAAAUUUUCUGUCAGCACAUUCAGCCAGGGAUGAGGCGGCGAGGCUGGAGGAGCGCAGGGGUGUGACUGAGUUUCAUGUGGUUGGCAAUUCCCUGAACCAGAAACCAAACAAGAAGAUCUUGAUGUGGCUCGUCGGCCUUCAGAACGUGUUCUCCCAUCAGCUGCCCCGAAUGCCCAAAGAGUACAUCACACGGCUUGUCUUUGACCCGAAACACAAAACUCUUGCUUUAAUUAAAGAUGGCCGUGUCAUUGGUGGUAUCUGUUUCCGAAUGUUCCCAUCCCAAGGAUUCACAGAGAUUGUUUUCUGUGCUGUCACCUCAAAUGAGCAAGUCAAGGGCUACGGAACUCACCUGAUGAAUCAUUUGAAAGAAUAUCAUAUAAAACAUGACAUCCUGAACUUCCUCACAUAUGCAGAUGAAUAUGCAAUUGGAUACUUCAAGAAACAGGGUUUCUCCAAAGAAAUUAAAAUACCUAAAACCAAAUAUGUUGGCUACAUCAAGGAUUAUGAAGGAGCCACUUUAAUGGGAUGUGAGCUAAACCCACGGAUUCCAUACACAGAAUUUUCUGUCAUCAUUAAAAAGCAGAAGGAGAUAAUUAAAAAGCUGAUAGAAAGAAAACAGGCCCAGAUUCGAAAAGUCUAUCCUGGACUUUCAUGUUUUAAAGAUGGAGUUCGACAGAUUCCUGUAGAAAGCAUUCCUGGAAUUAGAGAGACAGGCUGGAAACCGAGUGGAAAAGACAAAAGUAAAGAGCCCAAAGACCCUGACCAGCUUUACAGCACAUUGAAGAGCAUCCUCCAGCAGGUGAAGAACCAUCAAAGCGCUUGGCCCUUCAUGGAACCUGUGAAGAGAACAGAAGCUCCGGGAUAUUAUGAAGUUAUAAGGUUCCCCAUGGAUCUGAAAACCAUGAGUGAACGCCUCAAGAAUAGGUACUACGUGUCUAAGAAAUUAUUCAUGGCUGAUUUACAGCGAGUCUUUACCAAUUGCAAAGAGUACAACCCC